CUCAUACAUUCUCCCACACACUUCCAAUCAGACGGGAUCUAGAUCUCGCUUCCCGAGCCUCGCGCGCUCAAGUGCAGCGGCCCCUGUGAUUUCAGGCAGGAUAUUUUUAAAACUGGAGUGGACUUUUCUUUAUCUGGUCGAGAUCUGAAACGCACGAAAGCCGAGUCAACCCCCUUUCUCUCCGGCUUUGAGAGCAACGGGAGAGGUCCUCAUCUUUCAUCUUCCCGAGACAAUAUGAACAACACCGCCCAUCACAACAGCUUCGAACCUCGACCCUUCAACACUCAAUACGACAACAACAUCCCAGAAUCUAUCUCCAUGAAACCUUACGCCAAAGACGGUGUGACGUCAUCUUCUCUUGACCCUGACGUCAUUUCCCCCCAGAAGAAAAAAGGCUCCCUGACAUGGAAGGAAGCGCUGUUUGAUUUUACCCAGAACACCACACUGCAUGGCAUUCGUUUCAUCUUCAUGAAUGACGUGUUCAUUCUACGCAGACUACUCUGGCUGGCGCUGUUCCUGACCUGUUCGGUCCUGAUGAGCGUCCAGAUAGUGGAGAGAAUCGUCUUCUUCUACAGCUACCCCGUCACCGUGAACGUACACGUCAACUUUAACAAGACUCUGGCCUUUCCGGCUUUCACAGUCUGUAACCAGAAUGCUUUCAGGGCGUCAGCCGCGACGGACAGACACCUGUACAGACUGAUAGAACGCCUUCAUUCGGGAGACACGUCCGCACUACUAUCCCAGUCACCUGACCCGUUGCCUAGCAACCUGAGUUUGGACGAGCUCUACCUGACCACGGCUCACAGGAAGGAGGACCUCAUAGUCAGGUGUGAAUGGCAGAACAAGCCGUGCGGCCCGGAGAACUUUACCCUCGUCCUCACUGACCACGGAGUCUGCUACAACUUCAACGAUAACCCUUCCGAACCUCUUUGGGUCACCUCCACUGGCGCUGAGUAUGGACUCAAGCUGACGCUGAACGUGGAACAGUAUGAAUACAUGCCGGGGCCGCACGACGCCGCGGGGAUCAAGAUAUUACUCCACGACGGGAAAGAGUUCCCCAAAGUGGCGGAGCUGGGACUCUCUAUCCCGACAGGCACUCACACUUACGUCGGUAUCCAGCUUCUUAAG